GCGUAAAGCUAAUUAAAAGAAACAGUUUUGCUCUUCGUAACGGUCUAGAGGGUGUGGAAUAAAUAUCCGAUUAAUCAUGGAAUCACGAAGUCAAACGAUGACGAGUCCUCGGAGUCAGAGUGUCCUUGACGGCGCGACACGGGAACAAACGAACACUAGUCUGGCUUGGAGUCCUGUUCCUUCGCCUCUUCUGAAUUCAGAUUUCGCAUCAGAUGUCGAUGCUACUUCGAGUAAUGAGAGCGAUACUGAAAUGAUCCCAGCCAAAGAGCUUUCUUCUUCUGAUCUGCAGUCUUCGAAUAAUCUAUUCUUGAAGAUUCUUUACAAAAUACUUCGCAAACCCCCGUCUAAAAAAGAACAAGAGACUCAUGAAGAGAUAAAACGUAAGCUGCACCCCAAAAAGCGAAUAGCUGCCGAAUGCUUGGAAGAAUAUUCUCAAUCAAGAGGUGGUGAUUUCAUUCUGAAAGAAGCUAAGAAUGCAACUACUUCUGUGCACGACUUUGGUGUAUGCGUCAGUCAAGAUUGGCCAAGCGUGAAGUUUCUGCGAGAGAAGGAAGGACUCAUGUUUGUUCUCUCACUUACAGCUAAGGAUUUUGACGGUGCUGGUGAUUUGAACUUUCCCAAAGCGAAGAAAUCACUCUGCACCAAAGGAGGCAUCGAAUACUACCUACCCAAUUCUGACUGGAUUCGUAUUGGGCUCAAAUGUCGAGGUCGAUAUGAUUAUGGAACUGACAAUUGGCUAGAAGAGAAGAAUCCGCUGGAGUGGACUGUUGGCUUCCAUGCAAGUCAUCAAGCAGGCACCGCCUCAGUUUGUCAGAACAGAGAAUUCUUAACAGAAGGACCGGGUCAAGUUCACAAAAAUGACAUAGAUGUCAACGAAUUGAGUGACCUAAAAGGCGGGGCUUUCUGA